GGUAAAGUCUGUUAGCAAACGUUUAAUUUGUAAAUAAGUUAUAAGUAUGUUUUCGCAUGUAGCCAUACGACCAUAAUCGAACGAACCAAAUAGACUCGUCACAACCAAAACUUACAUGCAAAAUGAAAAUUCUUCACACAACGAAAGGUAUUAUAAUUUAGUAUUUGUAUCAUUCGCGUAGAUUUUUUUUACGCCACCGAGAAGAUAUAAAUUUACUUUAAUAAAAUUUUAGACUUUACCUCUAACCUGUAUAUAGGUAUGCGAGUAUUUUAUAUAUUCGGUUGAUAGUUGAAGCAUAGAAUAAAUCAUUCAUGUUGACGAUAUUAUCAACAGGGUUCCUAUAAGCUCGUAAUAAUUUUUAAUAUUGUACAUACAUAUACAUUUUAUUGUACAUGCAUUUUUCUUUUCAACAAAACAUGCUGAUCGUUCAUCCGACCUAAUUAUUUUUACACGAGCAUAGUUUGGUUUCCCUCGAGCAAAUUAUGCAAAUAUUUUUCAUUCAAAUACCAAGUAUACUACCAUCUUUUAAUAUACACAACGAAGUCUUUUUUUCUUAUUAAUAAUUACUAAUGAGAGUUGUGUUAAUAUCAAUCGCAUGAAGCAAUUAGAUUACAAUUGGAAAUAUUUUAUUCCGUUAUGUAAAACGCUACGAUCGACGUAACGUUCUAUAAAUAGGAAACUAUUCGUAUCAUUAUUUAUUGAUAUCGCUAACGUGAUCUCUUUAAACUAAUAGGAAUAAUCUUGCUUCAAAUAAUUCGCGGCAUUAAAUUGUUUGUAUGUACGUAUUGUACAUUGUGGUAUGAAAUCGCAUCUUGUAUCUCCAAUGAAAAAAAAAAAAGAAUAUGCGAAUACAUAAAUGUAUGAGUGUGAAUAUAAAUGAAACAAACGUUUUCAAUAUUAAUCUCGAUACACUCGUAGUAAUUAUUUAGGUGACGGUUUUAUUUAUGGGUGUAUAUAUAAAGUAUGUGUUCGUUAAGUAAGUGCUCAAACAUGAUGCAACAAAUUCAGUGUUUGUCAAUUCUGCAUUCUUAUAUGUAUAAGGAUACGAACGAACAAAGUAUUAUAAACCAACACACCGAAAAUUUCUGUCCUUGUAUUUGCUACAUCCGGAACUAGCAGUCAAUCGAACGUAUUCGAUUCUUAUGCUUUAACUGUACGAACAAAAUGGACUGACUCAAAGAAGCAAAAAAAAAUUCUUUUUACCGUUACGUCCAGUUUCACAUUUUCUUUUGCAUUUCCUCGCCUCGCGACUGGCUUCACGUGAAAAUCAUUCGACGAAUGUUUGUUCAUUGUUCGUUUAAGUGAGGAGAAAAAAAAAACAAAUCAAAUUGAAGCUGUCCUAACCAAGAGAUAUAUCAUAUUUUAAGUGAUUGUAAUCCUUUGCACAGUGACAAUGGACUUAACGGAGCAUAUACUAGAACUAGAGUAUAAUAGGAAUCUUUUGCAUUGAAGCAAUAUGGCAGUGUCAUGUUACCAGAAAACUCGUUUAUAUCUGCGACACUCGCAAAGAAGGAAACAGAUCUAUCUCGUUUCUACGAUGUACGGUCGUCGAGUAAGUCGUGCAUCACUUGUAAAUUGUGUGUCAUCAAUAACCGUUACUUUAUUGCCGAAUUUUAUCAGUAUACCAUUCACCAUUCAUUUCUAUUGUCCCACAGUAGACUUGACGACAAACAUUGUAUACUUAUUACUCCCUGGAGCGUUUGAAUUGAUCCCUCUGGUUCAUUUCAUGAUUCAUGGUUUUUGUAAACAUCGAUCCAAUCAGAUACAAUGGUCAGAAAGAACGUCUGUAGUUACCGUUUUUACGUUAUACGACAGGGAGGCUAACUUGAAAAUAAAUAACCCGUACUAUUUUAUACCAAUCCUGCAAUAUUCAUCAUACUACGCUCUUACUUUAUAAACAUUCUUUGACGAUGCCUCGAGUUUAAAGCAAUUAAAAUUUUUGAUAGAAUUAUGAAACCCCGAUCGCGCGUUCACCUUUUUUCAUUGACGAUUAAACGUAUUCGAAAUGCAAUAAUAAUAUAUUACUUAGCUUUCAGUUACAUUUUCAUUGAAAUAAAUGAAAAAUUCUAAUCGAAAAUAUCGUAGAAGCUGACAUCUGAUAAUUGGUGGCAUCGUAUGAAAGAAACCAAUCUUUAAUCAUUACCUCGUAUAAAAUCUUGAUUAAUUAAUGAAAUGAGUUUUAUUUGAUCGCGAAAUCUGUAUUCCAUUCGGAGACAUUUUCUCCAGUGUAUAGAUAUAGUGAUCGCGAGUAUUCUGAGCUCGUAGCGUUAAGCGAUUAAGUGACAUGUGCUACAUUUAUUGGCGUUCUGAAUUUUAUUUUUAAGGGAUGUCGGGACAGGAUCGGUAAUAAAAAUCGAGGUGAAAACCGGUGUUGCCCGGCGAUCGGUUGUCCUGUUCUUUUCUCGGUUCCUAUUAACUUCUGGCCUACGAAUCGAGACUGUCGUGUCGCCAGCACCAGCGUAAGAAUGCGAGCACGUGGCCAACGGAGCCUUCUGAUUCGCCGAUUUCUCGUGAUCACGUGAAGCACAUGAGGGGCUGAAGCGUGCGCAUGCGCGUUACAGGACACCGGCUCGCCGACGACGUAUGGUGGGAUGACACUUUAUGCCGGUGCCUCAGAAGCAAUUGGAACGAGGAGGAGGUCAUAACGCGCGACUCGCGCCGGCGAUCAGAAACAGAGGUAUCUCGUAAACCUCUCACGGUUCGAUACAAGAAAACGUCCACGGAAAUAGUCUUGUAACAAUCUUAACAAGUGUCAUAUCACGAAACAGAAUGGACAAACAUUUGUGACGCUUACAAAUUGGCAUCGAUGCACAGCGUCGUUUUUGCCACGUGAAAACCGUCCACUUUGUACCUUGCUUUACGAACCGUUUCGUUUCAUAGUGUUCGAUUUUUUUUUGCGGUGUCUACCCCGGAAAAAUCAACAUUAAAUUACUAACAAGAAAUCUACAAUGUGUUCAACUAUAUUCGAAAGUUCCUUUGGAGAUUGCCUACUAUCACUUUAAACCAAGACUCGAGAAGAACUUAAAGAUUUGUGCGUGUUUGGAAGACAAGCAGAGAAGGCACGUGCCUUACACCGAUUCUACAGAAAAAAUCUGAUCUUCCUAUUUCGUGCCACUUCCCUGGUGGAACGGUUCUCGAAGCAAACAAAUACAUCUAAAUGUGUUCCAUAGCGAUGCCUGCGGAGCUGCUUCUGGGGCACAGUCCUCCAGUAUACAGUUCGCUUUUGUAUAGCCCCCUGGUGGUGGCGGCGCCGUCGAUUACCAGCAGAUCGGUACCACCCAGAAUAAGGCCAUGCCUUUCAUCUGGCUCCCUGGCUAUAGACAGCAUACGGAACAGCAACGAAGGAAACAACAAACAAAAAAAAAGAGUGGUGUUCGCCGACGACCGUGGUCGUCCCCUCACACAGGUCCGUGUUAUGUCGGAACCCAGCAACGUGCCGCCACUCUGGAGUACGGCGUAUCUAGCUGGGCUAACAGGACGACUUCUCCACUCGAAAACAGAUAACGACGAGCCCGUCGAGGUUGCGUCGCCCUGGCAAGUGACUUUUCCCCAGCCAGCGAGCGAUUACCUGGCCUUCCGACGGAAACUCGACCAAGAAAACGUCAGCUUGGAAAACGUGAUAGUAAGGGAGUCGGAACACUGUCUGGUGGGGACGAUCAAGGUACGCAAUUUGGCGUACGACAAGGAGGUCGUGGUCAGAGCGAGCAGCGACUCCUGGAAGACCCACGAAGAUAUUCACUGUACAUACGUCGAGCAACCGGGUGCCCCUGCUCUGAUACUCUACGACACCUUCCGGUUCAGACUGACUUUGCCAUUGAAAUCGAACGUGGUGGAGUUCUGUGUCCGGUACCGUACCGAUGGUAAAGAGUACUGGGAUAACAACGAUGGGAAGAACUUCAUCGUACGCAAGAAACUAGAGGUGUGUACCUCUAGCGUGACGGAGAGGCUGCACUGCAGUCUUGGAAAGGGUUUCGAAGGUCUCCAACUGCGCCGAUAGCUUCGUCAGCCUCGGGCACCGGCUAAACGGUACGACAUCCUCACAACCUCGUGCGACGGAUUCUCGAGCAACGGUAUACGAGACGGUAUCCCAAGGAUAACGGACGCAACGAGAACAAACAUACACACGUGGAGCGAGUUUGCUUCUUGG